AAAAAUGAGUUUGAGAUGAGAUUUAUAAAUUUAUGUACUAUACUGAUUAUUAUUGCAGGUUACAAGCAAAAGAUACAAAAUCUAGUAUAUCGUUAUCUUAUGAGGCAUCCAAAUCUAAAUGAAACACUUCCAAAUGCAAAAGAUCCUCUAGACUUUAUAUUAAAAGCACAAAGUAACUGGGAAAGACGGAUGUAUAAAAGUCUUAAUAACAUGUGCAAUGAAUUAGGAAUUGCAUUAUCAAGAAAGAGGCCAGUUUCUGAACAAAAAGAAUUAGAGGCAAAAUGGACUGAGUUAGGAACUGAAGAUAUGGUUUUUAUCUGUUUUUAUAGUGUAGCAUUAUGGGGCCAAAUAAAAGUUUCAUUGAAAGUUAAAGAUUUACAAGAAUUGAGAAAUGAAUAUGAAGAACUGUCAACUAAUGUAAGCCAUUUAGGUGUUGAUGACUGUCCAGUUUUGAAUACGGAUACAUCAAAUAGUUUUCUCCAUGAAAGAGUUACAUUAGGAAAGAAAGUUCUGCAAGCAGGAGAUGCAUUAUUAGCUAGAGAAUUUUCAAAAAGAGGUUGUCCAUCUUCACUUAGAGGUGAAUUGUGGCGGUUAAUUUUGUGUGUAGAAACAACAGAUGCAGAAUGCUUGAAGUUUCAACAUUUAAAAUCCUGUGUAUUUCAGCAUGAUCUUAUGAUUGAUAAAUUAAUUUUUAAAGAUGUCCAUUUAACUGCUUCCAAUGAUGACCAGUAUUUUGUUUUUGAAGAUUUACUAUAUCAGAUAUUAUUGGUUUUCUCUCGUGACACAUAUGUAUUAGAUCAUUUUGAAUAUAGCAGUGCGUCUCCUCCAAAAGCUCCACUUCGAGGAAAAACAGGGCAAGAAGAAGAUAUGGUUGUUUAUCCACCAAAUGGAGUAAUUCCUUUUCAUGGCUUUUCAAUGUAUGUUGCACCAUUAUGUUAUCUGUAUGAAGAUCCUGUAACUUUGUAUUUGGUAUAUCGAGAACUUUACUGUCGAUUUUUUUUCCGUCUCCACACAGUUUCUUCUCAUACUCAGGGUGCAUUGGCUUUGUGUCUUUUGUUUGAACUACUACUGCAAGAAACUGAACCCGAACUUUGUCAUCAUUUAGCUUCUCAUGAUAUUCAGCCGUUAAAAGUUGUGAUAAAGUGGAUAAUGAGAGCAUAUUCAGGUUAUUUAGCCGCUGAUCAAAUUCUUCUACUGUGGGAUCAGGUUCUAGCAUAUAAUUCAUUAGAAAUUUUGGGAGUCUUGGCAGCUGCUAUUUUUUCAUUCAGAAAACCAAUUCUACUGCAAGCAGAAAAUCAAGCAACAUUUGGAGGUAUGUUAGCUGAUGUAUCUUCCCUUAGAAUCAUUCCACUUCUUCAAGGAUUCCUUGGGACUUCUUCAUUAAUAUAAAUUUAUUUAAUAUAUUUUAUGUAGUAUUAGUUAAUAUAUUUUUAUAUAUUAUACAAUAUAUUAGAAGAGUAGCACAAUUUUUUAUCUGUGAUAUUUUAAUUAAUUAAUUUUUU